GGUCAAGUUGCUCCCGUCAGGACUUGUGACCCAGUUUGGGUUUACCGUUCUGUGGAAAUCGUGGAUAUGGACUGAGUCCUGUCCACGUAUAUAACAUUGUCUGAUGUCUAUGCAACAGCGAAUAUUCGCUAUCGAUGACGAUGAUGACGGUGACAUGGCGAUGCAAUCACCAUCGUCUGUGAUCCGUCGAACGUACAACGCACUCGAGAGUCCUCCAUCGCUUCACGUGAUGGAGGCGCACUCGCAUCAGUUUGAGCACCCCGGCGGCUUCCAGUCGCCGACGUCCGAGCAGGAAUUCGACAUCUACGACCGAAACGGCGGCCCGUCGUCGUCAGGCAGCUCUGCGACGGGUGGAUUCAACAGCCUGCCGUCGCCCGCCGACAACAGCACCGCCUACGGUGAGAUGCGCUCGGAGCUGAGUCCGCCGGGGUCCCCGCCGCCGCUGCCGCGCGUCUACAAGCCGUGCGUCGUCUGCAACGAUAAGUCGUCGGGGUACCAUUACGGCGUGAGCGCGUGCGAGGGAUGCAAGGGCUUCUUUCGGCGCAGCGUCCAGAAGAACAUGCAGUAUAUGUGCCACCGCGAGAAGAACUGCGUCAUCAACAAGGUGACGCGAAACCGCUGCCAGUACUGCCGCCUGCAGAAGUGCUUCGCUCAGGGCAUGUCGAAGGAGGCGCUGAGGCAGGAGAAGAACAAGCGGCGCAAGAAGCAGCAGCAGGAGGAGCGGCGGCCGCUCGAGAUGUCGCCGGAGGUGGAGCAGCUCAUUAACCAAAUUUGUGAUGCUCAGAACGACACGUUCACGAUGCCGGGGAUGAAGGAGGAGCUGUAUCAGUCGGCGACGACAGACUCGAGUCCCCGCAUGGAGGCGGCACUCGGCGGCGACGUACAGAUGGUCAUAUGGGAGAAGGUGACGGAGCUGUCGUCGCGUGGCAUCACGAUGAUCGUCGACUUUGCCAAAAAGGUGCCCGGCUUUCUCAGUAUCAACAUGACCGACCAGAUAUGCCUGCUCAAGUCCAGCUGCCUGGAGAUCAUGAUCCUGCGGCUGACGGCGCGAUACCAGGACGACAGCUCGAUGCAGUUCGCGAAUGGCCUGACGUUCACGCACGAACAGCUGCACGAGGCGGGCCUCGGCUCGCUCUCGGAGACGAUCUUCGCGUUCGCGCGCUCGUUCCGCCUCAUGGACGUCGAUACGAUGGAGGUGGCGCUGCUGUCGGCGAUCUGCCUGAUGAGCGGCGACCGGACGGGCCUGACGGACAGCGAGCGCGUCGAGACGUUGCAGGAGCCGAUUCUCGACGGACUGAAGCACUACUGCCGGCGGCGGCGGCCCGCCGAGCAGCACACGUUUGCGAAGCUUCUCAUGAAGCUCACCGACCUUCGCAGCAUCAGCGUGAAGGGCGCCGAGAAGGUGCUGCACCUGAAGCGAGACAAGUCCUCGGAGGCGACCUUCCACCCGCUCAUGCUCGAGAUACUCGACCGCGACGAGAACGUCUGCAUACCGUGAGGGCGCCGCCGUCUUCGCCGCAAGAGGGCGCCGCCGUG